AUGGAUAAUUUAAGGCGGUAUUUAUAUUAUGAUGUUUUUCGGAAUUUUGAGCCGGGUGGAGACGACGAUCACCGUCCUCGACUUUUUCACGAUGCUGUGGACCCCUUUGAAGAGCUCUCAAAUGAUAAUUUUAUCAAAGUUUAUCGAUUGACUAAAGAGAGAGUAUCUCAAAUAAUUGACAUUGUGGCUCAUUAUGAACCUGCUCCAAGUAGGCGGUCAGCAUUGGACGUACGUACUAAAGUGCUCACAGCAUUAAGAUUUUUUGCAACUGGAAGUUACCAAUUAGAUGUUGGAUUGGGUCGAUAUUCAGCUGUUAGUCAGCCCUCAGUGAGUAGAUCCAUUCAUACAGUCAUCGACGUUUUCAAUCGAAAUGAAAUAUUUGCGGAAUAUGUCAGAUUCUACAGAAAUAUUGAAGAAGUUCGGGCAUCUCGUGAUAGGUUCUGGCGUCGAUUCCAGUUUCCCAAUGCAAUCGGUUGCAUUGAUGGGACCCACGUGGCAAUUGUCCCUCCCAAAAUUAAUGACCCAGUUCAUCCUGAGAAUGUGUACGUAAACCGCAAAGGGUAUCACUCAUUGAACGUGCAAUUGAUAUGUGAUGCUGAAUUCAAAAUUCUCAACGUCAAUGCCAGAUAUCCCGGGAGUGCCAACGAUUGUGCUAUUUGGAAUGACAGCAAUAUUCAACCGUUGAUGCGAAGAUUGCAUAAUUAUCGCAAUGAACGAUUCUACUUGCUCGGAGAUGCAGGGUACCCCUUACGUCCAUGGCUCAUGACACCAUUCAGGGAUCCAUUGGACAAUUCACCUGAAGCCGCUUUCAAUCGUGUCUUUUGUCGAGCAAGAUCAAUUAUUGAACGUGUCAAUGGAAUUCUCAAGAUGAGAUGGCGUUGUCUCUUGAAACACCGGGUUCUUCAUUACGACCCAACAACUGCAGCCAAAAUUACCAACACUUGCGUGGUUCUCCACAAUAUGGCUAUCAUGGAUGGCCUCAGAUUCCCAGCAGGAGAAGACGACCCAUAUGUAGGCAACGAGGAUUACGGCAUGAUGGACGAUGAAGUACUUGAUGAGAUGAAUAUGCUUAGAAGACGUGUUAAUCCCGAAUUAGCAGCUGGUCGAAGUCUUCGAGAUCGCAUUUGGGAGCAGGUCAAGCCGAAGAAGAAGAGGCAGAAAGCGCAGCCGUCAGAAAAGCGCAAGGAAAAGGAGAAAAAGAAGCAGAGGGCAUCAGUCAUGAGGGCCAACGCUUUGCUUGUACGCCCGAAGGACAAGCAGCAGUACUCGAAGGUGCUCAAACGAGUGAAGCAGCAGAUACCCUCCGACCAGGCUCGUGACUGCGUCGACAAAAUCCGCAGAACGACCACAGGAGAUAUGCUGAUCAUCCUAACCAAGGAUAAGGAGGAUGAAGCUGGCCGCUUACACAAGGCGAUAGUCGAACUCCUUGGAGAAGAGGCUGAUGUCCUCAGUAAAGGGCCACAGGAAGAACUUGAGAUCAAAGACCUCGAUGAGCUGACGACGAAGGAGAAGGUGCUGGAGGCCCUCAAACUCGCGGCGGGAGCAGAUUGCCAAAUUGCCCCGGAUGCCAUCAGAUCUUUGCGCAAGGCCUACGGAGGUACCCAGACUGCAUCUGUGACGGUGGCUGCAGCGGUAGCGAAGAAAGUCCUAGGCGAUCACGGUAGGAUUCGUAUAGGAUGGGUGAACUUCCGGAUCUGA